AUGGAGAGCAGCGCGGGCGGUGUGAUCCUCUACGUGGGCUCCACGGCGGGCAGCAGCCCCACGCGGGGCGGCCCCCCCGGCACCCUGCGGGCCCCCUCGCCGCCGCUGGCGCUGCCCCCCGCGCUGGAGGGGCUGACGCUGGCCGAGCUGGGGGUGCCGGCGCCCGCCGCCCCCCCCUCGCCCAAGGUGGCCUUCCAGUUCCCUGAGGGCGGCCGCUGCUCCGGGCCUGGCCGGUCGCCCCCCGCCGCUGCCCCCCGCGCCGGCCCCCCCAGGCCCAACGGCACCUUCGCCAAAGCGGGGGGGAUGGUGCUGCUGUGCAAGGUGUGCGGCGACGUUGCCUCCGGUUUCCACUAUGGUGUCCACGCCUGCGAGGGCUGCAAGGGCUUUUUCCGCCGCAGCAUCCAGCAGAACAUCAGCUACAAGAUGUGCGUCAAGAACGAGAACUGCCUGGUGGUGCGCGUGAGCCGCAACCGCUGCCAGCACUGCCGCUUCAAGAAGUGCCUGGCCGUGGGCAUGUCCCGCGACGCCGUGCGCUUCGGGCGCAUCCCCAAGCGGGAGAAGCAGCGGCUGCUGGACGAGAUGCAGAGCUCCCUGCAGCGCCUGGCCGAGGGCCGGGGGGGGCCGGGGCCCGAGGGCCCCCCCGGCGCGGCGGGGGCCGCCGAGGAGGCCAUCGGGGCCGUGUCCCGCGCCUAUCGCGCCCUCUUCGGCGGCGCCGCCCCAGGGGAGCCCCCCGGCCCCUUCGCCCCCCAGCCGAGGCGCUGCGGCCCCCCCGGCUGCGCCCCCCCCCGCGGCUGCCCCUGGCGGCCCCCCGGCCCCCGCGGCAUCGCCUGCCCGUUGAACCGCAGCCCGUGGUGCGGGGCGGGCGGCAGCCGGCAGCAGGCCUGGCACGACUUCUCGCGCUGCUUCACGCCCGCCGUCACCGGCGUUGUGGAGUUCGCCAAGAGCAUCCCCGGCUUCCAGGCCCUGGCGCAGCACGACCAGGUGCUGCUGCUCAAGGCCGGCACCUUCCAGGUGCUCAUGGUUCGCUUCUCGGCGCUCUUCCACCCCGCGCACAAGGCGCUCACCUUCCUCAGCGGCGACACCUACUCGCUGAGCAGCCUGCGGGCGCUGGGCAUGGGCGCCCUGCUCGACGCCAUGUUCGACUUCAGCGAGAAGCUGGCGGCGCUGGCGCUCGACACGCAGGAGCUCGCCCUCUUCAUGGCCGUGGUGCUGCUGUCGGCGGAGCGCGCGGGCAUCGCGGCGGCCGAGGCGGUGGAGGCGCUGCAGGAGACGCUGCUGCAGGCGCUGCGCGCGCUGCUCGCCCGCCGGCGCCCCGACGACGCGGGGCUGUUCGCGCGCGUGCUGCUGCGCCUGCCCGACCUGCGCAGCCUCAACAGGCAGCACGCCGAGAAGCUCCUCGCCUUCCCCGUCGAGCCCUGAGCACCUGCACGGGCCCUCGCCCCGGCAUGGCGGCGCUCUGUGCUCCUGGAGAUGCUCCAGGGACGGGGACAUUCCAGGGACAUGGGCAGCUUGCGGUCUUGGGGAUGCUCUAGGGACAAGGGCUCCCUGUGAAUGAGGGUGCCUCGUGGUCUUGGAGAAGCUCCUGGGAUGGAGACACGCUGGGGACACCUCUUGGAGAUGCCCCAAGGACAGGGACGCCCCAACGACGAGGAUGCCUCAGGAGAUGUUCUGUGUUGGGGGUGUCCUCAGAGUGAGGACACCUCAUGGCCUAAGAGAUACCCCAUGGACAGGGACACCCCAGGGACAGGGACAAUUUGGUGGCUUGGGGCUGCUCCAGGGAUAAGGACACCCUAGGGAUGUGGACAGCCCAGGCCCAUGUGGAGCGCCCCAUGGCCUUGGGGGUGUUCCCAGAAUGGGGACACCCUGGGGACAGGGAGGCCCCACAGCCUUAGGAAUGUCCCCAACUACAGGGACACUCCUGGAGAUGGGGAUGCCCCAAGGACAGGGAUAUCCGAUGGCGUGGAUAUGCUCUGGGGUGCCCCAGGGAUGUCCCACAGCUAUGAGGGUCCCUUGGGGAUGAUAGUGCCACCACAUGGCAACACUGGAUGGCAAUGGCACCCCAGGGGUGAUGGCAGCCCGAUGAUGGUGGCACCCUGGGGACGACGGCAUCAUAAUGAUGAUGAUGCCCUGGGGCCUUCAGGAUGACCCAUGGCCUUGGGGACGCUCCAGGGACAGUGGCACCCUGAUGGCUACAGCACCCCCAUGCUGAUGCCACCGCCAACAGUGGUGGCAUCCCGGGGAUGAGGGUGGCUUGGGGAGGUGGCGCCUUGAUGAUGAUGACACCCCAAUGACAAUGACCCCAUCCUGGCCACGCAUCCCCUUCACCUCCCACCUGCCCUGCCCACCGCAGCCUCCAGGCCAAUUUGGGCCAUUUCAGGGCUUUUUGGAGCCUGUGCCCCCCUUUCCCCUGGCAUUGGGGACAGCAUUUGGACACAUAUCGGAGCUGGGAA